AUGGAUUACGGAAGCAGGCAGAAUCUAGUCGACGGCAUGUUCAGUUUAGAUUCAAGAGCAGACGAGAUAUCGAAGCCCUUGCGGGCAGUCCAUGGACGCCAAUCUACUCGACGCGAUGGGAAGGCGAAUUCUGGCAGUUCAAAGUGUAAGUCAAAAGAACGUACUUUAUUCACUCAUUGUUUGUCUUGGUUGAUGAAGUAUUCCCAGAUAAACUCCAAAUUAUAA